AUUCUUAUACCGCGGUUACAUUCUGACCCAACCACGGUCGCCACCUUUGCCAUUUAUAUAAGCUUCGCUCCGAGCGAGAUGAAGACGGCAAUUGACGGACAGACGGCGUUUAUGAUGAUCGGAAGAGGGAUUAGUCAUCUCAAUCCGAUAGCCAGCGUUCCCCCGCGGACUCCUCUCGAUGAUUUGACGGUCGGGAACUUCGCAUCCUCUCCUUUUCACGUCAGCGGCGUGAUCACUGCAGGCGACUGCCCACCCUUCGACGAGGCCAUGCUGGCUUCCUUGCAGUUCUACCCAACCCACGAGGAAGAAGUUGAUUCCGGAUCCGACGCGCCGCCGAUGGUGGACGCGUACGCGUCGGACGAAUUCAGGAUCUACGACUUCAAGGUGAAGUUUUGCGGCCGCGGGCGGUCGCACGACUGGGCCGAUUGCCCUUUUGCUCACCCGGGCGAGAAGGCACGCCGACGCGACCUGCGGAAGCACAGCUACUCCGGCACUGCCUGUCCGGACUUCCGCAAACCCGUUGGGUGCAAGCGCGGAGACGCCUGCGAACUCGCGCACGGAGUGUUCGAGUGUUGGCUCCACCCGGACCGCUACAGGACCCAGCCCUGCAAGGACGGCACCGACUGCCGCCGCCGCGUUUGCUUCUUCGCGCACACUCCCGAUCAGCUCCGCGUGCUGCAGACGCCGUUUCUGAGGCAGAGCGCCGCGGUGCGGGAGUCGUACGACGGGUCGCCUCUGCGUAACCAGUCCUCUUUGCACUAUAGCUUUUCCAAAGGCCUCGCCUCCUCCCCGACUUCGACACUCAUCUCGCCGCCAAAGUCUCCACCGGCGGAAUCUCCGCCGAUUUCGCCUAGCGGCGGCAAGCUGCUGCGGGCGUCGUGGCCAGCUAGCUCGAGUAUGAACGAGAUAGUGGCAUCGCUAAGGCAGUUGCAGCUGAACAGGGCGGAGUCUAUGCCGAAUACGAGGGGGUUGCAGAUGGGGAACACCGGUUUCGUCUCCCCGCGGGGGGCGGCUGUUGGAUUCGACACUACUUUCCGAAGCUUGCCGUCGACUCCGGUGGGCGUGACUGCCGGUUGGCCGGAGGAGCAUCUGCCGACGGGGAGAGUGGAGUCGGGGCGUGAGCUACGGGCGAAGAUGUUCGAGAGGCUGAGUAAAAAUGGUAUCUUUGACGAAGCAGAGGCCGCACCUGACGUCGAAUGGGUGUCCGAUCUGCUGAAUUAGUUGGAAGACUCAGAGAAACAAGGUAAAGGCCAGAAUUUUAAAGUAUCGUAGUCAUUUUUCAUGAAAGGCUGAAACAGGAGACUCGGUAGCUGGAAUCGUCGUCUGGUAUCGGAUCGAGCGAUAGAAAGCCUCAAUUUGCAUCGCCGUUGCAAUCCGUGCAAAGUUACUUUAUUGUUCGUUUCAAGUCUCCGGUUUAUUUACCUAUUUUUGGUUGAAUGCUAAAUGUCUGCUACUGUUAAUCUCGUGUUAAUUAACUCCAAGUUGGGAAUUGAGAUUGUAAAUAUCAUGUUAAUUAUUUCCGAUAUGUAGAAUUACAGAAGUUUAGUUUCAACAGAAUUUUGUGGUCA